CUGCCAAAGCUCCGAGUCCCUGGGUCCAUUUUCACACCGAGUAAAGGAGACAGGAAGGAGGGGAGGGAGGCGGAGCGUGUGUCCUUUAAACGCUGGGAUCCAGAGGGGGCCUUAUUUUGUGCGUAUGCAGGCUCUCUAGUCCGAGUGGCAGCAUUGACUUCGGGAUCCCUUCCAGCCUCCCUAGCUCUUUCCUCCGUGCAUUUAAAAUUAUGGCGCCUCCUGCACUCCCGUAAUCACACCUCAACCCUGCAGACCAGCACCGGGUGUACAGUGCCGAGGUGGCAGUCCGCGUGGAGCAAGCCGCGCCCCCACAGCCCUCCUCACCCUGGAGAGGGGCGGAGGCGAGAAAGUAGCAGCAGCGCCCCCCGAGGCGCCGCCCCCGUUCUUUUCGAGGAAGCUUUCGAACCGGCUGCUGCAGGGAGCGCGGCCAGAGGCGGCGCCGUGCGGCUGCAGCGCCGCCGAGUCCGGGAGCUGCCCGCAGCGCGGCACAAAGUUUCCAGAGAGCGGCCACCGGGGGCUGAGGUCCGCGGAGCCGGGUGGCCCGGCCUAGGGGUGGGUGGGUCUUUCUGGGCUCCCGGCGACCCCCUCUGCCUACGCAGCGCCGACGUAGAGUGUCAAGCGAACUUUAAAAAGCUGCUCCGGACCAACCUGCGCCGGGAUCUCCACGGCCGGGGACUCAGGAGCGGACGCGUCGGGUCUGAGAGAAAUGCUGGGAGGUCCGAUAAGCCUGUGACGGGAACUUUCCGGCGAGUCUACAGAGGAGAACUGCGCUCUGCCUCCUCUUUUAUUCUCCAAGCUCAGCCCACGUUGGCGUGCUGCUCCGCGGGAGACCUGAGCGCGCUCUCCGUCCGGGCAGUGGGUGAAUUGAAUCCCCCGCGCGGCCCGGCGCCUCCGGGCUGCUGAAGAGUGUCACUCGGGGCCAGGGCAGCGCCGCAUUUCCCCGGAGGUAGCCGCCCGCCAACCCCCGCUCUCGGUGCGCGCCAGCCCGGGCGCCAGAGCCGGUGUUUGGGGCGAGAGCUGGUUCUUGGAUGCUGAAGGCUGGGCUCUUCCAGUGUGGGUGUCGAAGCGGCAAUGGGUGCCUUCAGAGUGUGGCUCGGGGUGGCCCUAGCAUUGGCGGAAUUUGCGGCAUUGCCUCAUCAUUCCGAAGGUGCUUGUGUCUAUCAGGGUUCCUUGUUGGCGGAUGCCACAACUUGGAAGCCUGAUUCAUGCCAGAACUGCCGUUGCCAUGGCAACAUCGUUAUCUGCAAACCUGCUGUUUGCAGAAACCCUCAGUGUGCCUUUGAAAAGGGAGAAGUGCUUCAAAUAGCUGCCAACCAGUGCUGCCCUGAGUGUGUGUCGAGGACUUCCGGAUCUUGCCAUCAUGAAAAGAAAAUCUAUGCGCAUGGGACAGAGUGGGCCUCCUCCCCGUGCAGUGUGUGCUCGUGUACGCAUGGGGAAGUCCGAUGCAUGCCCCAGCCAUGCCCACCGCUGUUGUGCACACAGCAGGAGCUGGAAUUCAUCCCCGAAGGGAGCUGCUGCCCAGUCUGUGUGGGCCCUGGGAAACCUUGUUCCUAUGAAGGCCGUGUAUUCCAGGAUGGAGAAGACUGGCCACUGAGUCGGUGUGCUAAAUGUGUGUGUAGAAAUGGGGUCGCCCAGUGCUUCACAGCUCAGUGUCAACCUCUGUUUUGUAACCAGGAUGAAACUAUCAUCCGAGUUCCUGGAAAAUGUUGCCCACAGUGCUCUUCCCGAUCCUGCUCUGCAUCUGGCCAAGCAUACGAGCAUGGUGACCAGUGGAACGAAAACGCCUGUACCACAUGUAUAUGUGACCAGGGUGAGGUCAGGUGCCACAAACAGGCCUGCCCCCCACUAAGAUGUGACAAGGGUCAGAGAAGGGCUCAGCGCCACGGGGAAUGCUGUGAGGAAUGUGUGUCUCCUGCGGGAAGCUGCUCACACAAUGGGAUUGUGCGGUACCACAAUGAAAUGUGGAAGGGCUCUGCCUGCGAGUUCUGCAUGUGUGACCACGGCCAAGUGACCUGCCAGACUGGAGAGUGUGCCAAAGUGGAGUGUGCCCGGGGUGAAGAAUUAAUUCACUUAGAUGGAAAAUGCUGCCCUGAAUGCAUUUCAAGGAAUGGUUAUUGUGUUUAUGAAGAAAAUGUAGAAUUUAUGUCCUCAAAUGCAAGUGAAGUUAAACGUAUUCCAGAAGGGGAGAAGUGGGAGGAUGGCCCUUGCAAAGUGUGUGAGUGCUGGGGCUCUCAGGUAACUUGCUAUGAGCCCUCUUGUCCACCAUGUCCAGUGGCCACACUAGCCCAAGUGGUGAAGGGACAGUGCUGUCCAGAUUGCACAUCAGUUCAUUGCCACCCAGACUGCUUGACCUGCUCUCAGUCUCCAGAGCACUGUGACUUCUGCCAGGACCCCACAAAGUUGCUGCGGAAUGGACAGUGUGUGCACAGCUGUGGUCUGGGAUUUUACCAGGCUGGUGCUCUCUGUUUAGCCUGCCAGCCUCAGUGCUCCACGUGUACCAGUGGGCUGGAAUGUUCGUCCUGCCAGCCUCCUCUGCUGAUGCAGCAUGGCCAGUGUGUGCCCACCUGCGGGGAUGGCUUCUACCAAGAUCGCCACUUCUGCUCAGUCUGCCAUGAGUCCUGCUCUGCCUGCUGGGGUCCGACAGAGAAGCACUGCUUGGGCUGCAGAGACCCCCUCCAAGUGCUGAGGGAGGGCAGCUGUGACAGCAGCUGUGGCCUUGGGUUCUACAACAAGCAGGGGAUCUGCAGUGCUUGUGACCAAUCCUGUAAGAGUUGUGGUCCCAAUAGUCCCAGAUGUCUUACCUGUGCCGAGAAGACAGUGUUGCAUGAUGGGAAAUGCAUUGCUGAAUGCCCUGGUGGGUACUAUGCUGAGGCCACUGGCAGCUGCAAAGUUUGUCAUCAUUCAUGUGCCAGCUGCUCCGGACCCACGGCCUCUCACUGCACAGCCUGCAUCCAACCCCAGGCUCUGCGCCAAGGCCGCUGUCUGUCCAGCUGUGGAGAAGGCUUCUACCCUGACCACGGGGUCUGCAGAGCCUGUCAUUCCUCUUGCCUCACUUGUGUGGGUCCAGAGCCCUCUCACUGUGCCCAGUGUAAGAAACCUGAUGAAGGACUACAAGUUGAGCAGCUGUCUGGGGAGAACAUCACCUCUGGCGUGUGCCUGUCCCAAUGUAGAGCCCAGUUUUACUUGGAGAACACUGGACUUUGUGAAGCUUGUCACCAAUCCUGUUUCAGGUGUGCGGGGAAAAACCCACUUAACUGCACAGCCUGCUGGCCCUCUCAAGUGCUGUUGGAUGGGCAGUGUCUCUCCCAGUGCCCAGAUGGAUAUUUUAACCAGGAAGGCAGUUGCACAGAAUGCCACCCCACCUGCAGGCAGUGCCAUGGCCCAUUGGACUCUGACUGUAUCUCCUGUCACCCUCAUGUCACUCUUGCUGGUGGGAGCUGCAGGACCAGCUGUAAAGAAGAACAAUUCCUCAACCUGGUGGGGUACUGCACUGACUGCCAUCCUCUGUGCCAGCACUGUGCAGCCGACCUCCACAACACUGGGAGCAUCUGCCUGAGCUGCCAGAAUGCUCGGUACCUGCUGCUGGGGGACCACUGUGUUCCUGAUUGCCCUUCUGGAUUCUACUCAGAGAGAGGAGCUUGUAAAAAAUGUCACUCCUCCUGCAGGACCUGCCAGGGCGCAGGACCCUUCUCCUGCACCUCCUGUGACGCCAGCCUCGUGCUGUCCCACCUUGGGACCUGCAGCACCGCCUGCUUCCCCGGGCACUAUCUCGAUGAUGGCCGUGCUUGUCAGCCAUGCAGCACACAUUGUAGAAGCUGUGAUUCACAGGCUGGCUGUACCUCCUGCCGAGAUCCAAACAAGGUCCUGCUCUUUGGGGAAUGUCAGUAUGAGAGCUGUGCCCCACAGUACUAUCUUGACUUCUCCACGAAGAUAUGCAGAGAGUGUGAUUGGAGUUGCAACGCGUGCUCUGGGCCUCUGAGGACCGACUGCCUACAGUGCAUGGAUGGCUACGUUCUCCAGGACGGGACCUGCGUGGAGCAGUGCUCACCAUCCUUCUACAGGGACGUGGGCCUCUGCAGGAGGUGUAGCAAUCACUGUCUCCAAUGCCAAGGUCCCCACGAGUGCACUCGCUGUGAAGAGCCAUUUUUCCUGUUAGAAGCCCAGUGUGUCCAGGAAUGUGAGAAGGGGUACUUUGCAGAUCACACCAAUCGCCAAUGCGCAGCCUGCCCUCGAGCAUGCUUACAGUGCAGCGGCAGGGACCGGUGUCACCUCUGUGACCAUGGGUUCUUUUUGAAGAGUGGCCUUUGUGUUUCCAACUGCAUUCCUGGCUUCUCUGCCCACUCUAAUGAAACGUGCACUGGCAAAAUACACACGCCUAGUCUUCAUGUGAAUGGCUCUCUCACCCUUGCAAUUGGUUCCAUGAAGCCACUGGAUUUUCCCCUUCUGAAUGUCCAGGAUCAGGAUGGCAGGGUGGAAGACCUCCAGUUCCAUGUUGUGAGCACUCCCACCAAUGGUCAGCUAGUGCUCUCAAGGAACGGAAAAGAGGUUCAGCUCGACAAGGCUGGCCAUUUUAGCUGGAAAGAUGUGAAUGAGAAAAAAGUGCGUUUUGUGCACAGCAAAGAAAAACCCAGGAAAGGUUACUUUUCCCUGAAAAUUAGUGACCAGCAGUUCUUCUCUGAGCCACAGCUGAUCAACAUACAAGCAUUUUCAACACAGGCCCCCUACGUGCUGAGAAAUGAGGCCCUCCAUAUUAAGAGAGGAGAGAGAGGAACCAUCACUACCCAGCUGCUUGACAUCCGAGAUGACGACAACCCACAGGAUGUGGUGGUUGAAGUGCUUGAUCCUCCACUUCAUGGCCAAUUGCUCCAAACACUUCAGUCCCCUGCAACCCCAGUCUAUCAAUUCCGGCUGGAUGAACUCUCCAGGGGCCUUCUCCACUAUGCUCAUGAUGGCUCUGACAGCAUAUCUGAUGUUGCAGUCUUGCAGGCCAAUGAUGGACAUUCCUUCCAAAAUAUACUCUUCCACGUGAAGACUGUGCCCAAGAAUGAUGGAGGUCUUCGGCUCGUGGCUAAUUCAAUGGUGUGGGUUCCAGAAGGUGGGAUGCUGCAGAUUACCAAUAGAAUCUUACAGGCGGAAGCUCCAGGUGCCAGUGCCUCAGAAAUCAUCUACAAAAUUACACAGGACCACCCCCAAUUUGGAGAGAUGGUCCUUCUGGUUGAUAUGCCUGCAGACAGCCCCGCAGAGGAAGGGCAGCACCUGCCUGAUGGAAGAACAGCGACCCCCACCAGCACCUUCACCCAACAAGACAUCAAUGAAGGCAUUGUGUGGUAUAGGCACUCGGGAGUCCCAGCCCAGAGUGACUCCUUCCGCUUUCAGGUGUCCAGUGCCACAGAAGCCCACACGCAUCUGGAGAGCCGCAUAUUCAACAUCGCGAUCUUACCACAGACACCUGACGCACCUAAACUCUCUCUGGGAGCAUCUCUCCAUAUGACCGCUCGGGAAGAUGGCCUGACUGUGAUUCAGCCUCAUUCCCUCUCUUUUGUAAACUCUGAGAGACCAAGCGGAAAGAUUAUAUAUAAUAUCACUUUACCUCUGCAUCCAAAUCAAGGGAUCAUCGAACACAGGGACCAGCCUCACUCUCCAAUCCGGUAUUUCACACAAGAAGAUAUUAACCAGGGAAAAAUCAUGUACCGUCCUCCCCCUGCAGCUCCUCACCUCCAGGAAAUCAUGGCCUUCUCCUUCGCUGGUCUCCCUGAAUCGGUGAAAUUUCACUUCACAGUUUCAGAUGGAGAUCACACAAGUCCGGAGAUGGCCCUCACCAUUCACUUGCUUCCCACUGAUCAGCACCCACCCGUGUUCCAGGUCAGAGCUCCACUGCUUGAGGUCAGCCCAGGAGGCAGCUCUUCUAUAGGACUUCAGCUGGUAGUAAGAGAUACCAAGAUAGCACCUGAAGAAUUCUUCUUUGAGCUCCGGAAACCUCCAGAGCAUGGCGUGCUCCUUAAGUACACAGCCAAGUUCAAAGGGCCCAUGGCCACAGGUGACACUUUCACAUAUGAGGACAUUGAGAAAAAUGCUCUGCAGUAUCUACACGACGGCUCCUCCGCCCGGGAAGACAGCAUGGAGAUCUCAGUCACAGAUGGCACCUCGGUGACAACCGUGGAAGUAAGAGUGGAGGUGUCACUGUCGGAGGACCCAGGGCCUCAGCUGGCUGCCGGCGCCUCUCUGAGCAUUACAGUUGCUAGUAAAAGCACGGCCGUAAUCACCAGGUCACAUCUUGCUUAUGUUGAUGAUUCUUCCCCUGACCCAGAGAUCUGGAUUCAGUUAAAUUCUCUGCCCAUGUAUGGUGCCCUCUUAAGAAUGUCAGGACCUGAAGUGGAAGAGCUCUCGGAGGUUUCCAAUUUCACAAUGGAAGACAUCAACAACAAGAAAAUUAGGUAUUCAGCUGUGUAUGAGACUGAUGGUAAUCUGGUUACUGAUAGCUUCCAUUUCUCUGUCUCUGAUAUGGACCACAACCAUCUAGACAAUCAGAUGUUUACCAUCACUAUCACUCCUGUUGAGAAUCCACCUCCAGUCAUUGCUUUCGCUGACCUUAUCACGGUGGACGAGGGAGGGAGAGCCCCACUCUCAUUUCACCAUUUCUUUGCUGCCGACGAUCAGGACAACCUCCAGGGAGACGCCAUCAUUAAACUAAGUGCUCUGCCCAAAUAUGGCUGCAUUGAGAACACGGGAACAGGUGAUCGUUUUGGCCCUGGAACCACCAGUGACCUGGAGGCAUCAUUCCCUAUUCAAGAUGUCCUGGAAAACUACAUUUACUACUUUCAAAGUGUUCAUGAAAGCAUUGAGCCAACCCAUGACAUUUUUAGUUUUUAUGUAAGUGAUGGAAACAGUCGUUCAGAGAUCCACAGCAUCAAUAUCACCAUUGAGAGGAAGAACGAUGAGCCUCCCAGGAUGACCUUGCGGCCCCUUGGUGUGCAGCUCAGCUCGGGAGUGGUGAUAAGCAAUUCUUCUUUGAGCCUGCAAGAUCUGGACACUCCGGAUAAUGAGCUGGUUUUCGUAUUGACAAAAAAGCCUGACCACGGUCGUCUGCUCUGGAGGCAAACUGCUUCUGAGCCUCUGAAGAACGGGAGGGUUUUAGCUCAGGGCUCCUCCUUCACCUACCAGGACAUCCUGGCUGGACUGGUCGGGUACAUGCCUGGUGGUCCCGGUGUGGCAGUGGAUGAGUUCCGGUUCUCCCUCACGGAUGGCCUCCACAUGGACACAGGGAGGAUGGAGAUAUACAUAGAGCUGCCUACAAGCAGCGCCCCCCACUUGGCUGUAAACCGAGUCCUUCAACUCUCAGCAGGGUCUGUGGCACGCAUCACAGAACAGCACUUGAGAGUGACAGAUACUGACUCAGAUGACCGUCAGGUGAUGUACAUCAUGAAGGAAGAUCCUGGGGCAGGGCGCCUGCAGAUAGUAAAGCAUGACAACCGAGAGCAAAUCUCCAUUAAAGGCCCCAUCCGGAGUUUCACCCAGGCUGACAUUACCCAAGGCCAGGUAGAAUACAGUCAUGGGAAAGGAGAAUCUGGUGGGAGCUUUGCUUUUAAAUUUGAUGUGGUCGAUGGAGAAGGCAACACAUUGAUCGGCCAGUCAUUUUCCAUCAGUGUUUUGGAAGACAACUCCCCACCAGUCGUCACCACCAACAAAGGGCUGGUCUUGGAUGAGAACUCGGUGAAGAAGAUCACCACUCUGCAGCUCUCUGCCAUGGACCAGGAGAGUAAGCCUGCAGAAUUGGUCUAUAGAAUCACUAGAAAACCUGAACUCGGCCAUCUAGAGCAUGCAGCGUCACCCGGUAUCCAGAUUAAUUCCUUUACUCAAGCUGACUUGACUUCACGAAACAUUCAAUAUAUCCACUCCAGUAAGACCGAGAAACAUUCAGAUGCCUUCAGCUUCACACUCUCAGAUGGAGUCAGCGAGGUGACGCAGACUUUCCAUAUCACCAUACGCCCUGUGGAUGAUUCACUUCCUGUUGUACAGAACUCGGGGAUGCGGGUACAGGAGGGUGUGAGGAAAACCAUCACAGAGUUUGAGCUCAAGGCCGUGGAUGCCGACACAGAGGCCGAGUCUGUCACGUUCGCCAUUGUGCAGCCUCCACGCCACGGCACCAUCGAGCAGACCACCAAUGGGCAGCAUUUCUGGCACACCUCCACCUUCACCAUGGAAGACAUCUACCAGAACCGGGUCAGCUACAGCCAUGAUGGCAGCAACUCCCUCAGAGACCACUUCACCUUCACUGUGGCUGAUGGGACAAACCCCUUCUUUAUCAUUGAGGAAGGAGGAAAAGAGGUUAUGACAGCAGCACCUCAGCAGUUCCAAGUAGACAUCCUCCCAGUAGAUGAUGGCACCCCUAGAAUUGUUACCAACCUGGGGCUCCAGUGGCUGGAGUACAUGGAUGGCAAGGCAACCAACCUGAUCACCAAGAAGGAACUGCUGACCAUGGACCCAGACACAGAGGACCUGCAACUUGUCUAUGAGAUAACAGCGGGCCCCAAGCAUGGCUACGUGGAGAGCAGGCUCCAGCCUGGCAGAACUACUGUUACUUUCACGCAGGAGGAUGUGAACUUGGGAUUGAUCCGUUAUGUGUUGCACGAGGAGAAGAUCCAUGAGAUGAUGGAUAGUUUUCAGUUUCUGGUGAAAGACAGUAAACCCAAUGUGGUCAGCGACAAUGUGUUCCAUGUUCAAUGGUCCCUCAUCAGCUUUAAAUAUACCAGCUACAACGUGAGUGAGAAAGCGGGGUCUGUCAGCGUCACAGUGCAGAGGACUGGGAACCUGAACCAGUAUGCCAUCGUCCUGUGUCGCACCGAGCAAGGGACCGCCAGCCCCAGCUCCGGGGUCAGCUUCCAGCCAGGACAGCAGGACUAUGUGGAAUAUGCUGGCCAGGUGCAGUUUGAUGAGCGAGAGGAUACCAAGUCCUGCACCAUUAUCAUCAAUGAUGAUGAUGUGUUUGAGAAUGUUGAGAGUUUCACCGUGGAGCUCAGCAUGCCAGCAUAUGCCCUAUUAGGGGAGUUCACCCAGGCGAAGGUCAUUAUCAAUGACACUGAGGAUGAACCCACAUUAGAGUUUGAUAAGAAGACCUACCGGGUCAACGAGAGCGCUGGUUUUCUGUUUGCGCCUAUUGAAAGAAAAGGGGAUUCAAGCAGCAUCGUAUCUGCAAUUUGCUACACAAUCCCUAAGUCAGCUAUGGGAAGUAGCCUCUAUGCUCUAGAAUCGGGCUCUGAUUUUAAAUCUAGAGGGAUGUCUGCUGACAGUCGUGUGAUAUUCGGGCCUGGUGUCACCAUGUCCACCUGUGAUGUCAUGCUCAUUGAUGACAGUGAGUAUGAAGAGGAAGAAGAGUUUGAGAUUGCCCUGGCAGAUGCUUCUGACAAUGCCCGCAUCGGAAGGGUAGCGUCGGCCAAGGUGCUCAUUAGUGGUCCCAAUGAUGCCUCCACUGUGUCCCUGGGCAACACGGCUUUCACUGUCAGCGAGGAUGCAGGUACAGUGAAAAUUCCAGUUAUCCGUCAUGGGACUGACCUUUCUACCUUCACAUCUGUCUGGUGUGCAACACGGCCCUCAGACCCAGCUUCUGCCACUCCAGGAGUUGACUAUGUUCCCAGCUCUAGGAAGGUGGAGUUUGGGCCAGGUGUCACUGAACAGUAUUGCACCUUGACUAUCUUGGAUGACACUCAGUAUCCAGUAAUUGAAGGACUGGAGACAUUUGUGGUUUUUCUCAGCUCAGCACAAGGGGCCGAACUGACCAAACCCUUCCAGGCUGUCAUUGCAAUUAAUGACACAUUCCAGGAUGUACCUAGCAUGCAGUUUGCCAAGGAUUUGCUCCUGGUGAAGGAGAAGGAGGGUGUCCUGCAGGUGCCCAUCAUUCGGAGUGGAGACCUGAGUUAUGAGUCCUCAGUGAGGUGCUAUACCCAGAGCCAUUCUGCUCAGGUCAUGGAGGACUUUGAGGAGAGAAGAAAUGCAGACUCUUCACGGAUUACAUUUCUGAAAGGGGAGAAAAUGAAGAACUGUACCGUCUCUAUCCAUGAUGACUCCAUGUUUGAGCCUGAGGAACAAUUCAGGGUUUAUCUCAGCCACCCUCUUGGAAACCACUGGAGUGGAGCCAGAGUUGGGAAGAAUAACAUGGCCACCAUCACCAUAUCCAAUGAUGAAGAUGCCCCUACCAUUGAGUUUGAAGAAGCUGCAUAUCAAGUCCGUGAACCCUCAGGGCCAGAUGCCAUAGCCGUCCUGAACAUCAAGGUGAUCCGAAGAGGGGAUCAGAACAGGACAUCCAAGAUCCGCUGUAGCACACGCGAUGGGUCUGCCCAGUCAGGGGUGGAUUAUUACCCCAAGAGUCGAGUCUUGAAGUUCAGUCCCGGUGUGGAUCAUAUCUUUUUCAAAGUCGAGAUCCUGUCCAAUGAAGACCGGGAAUGGCAUGAAUCUUUCUCCCUAGUCCUUGGCCCAGAUGACCCAGUGGAAGCAGUUCUUGGUGAUGUGACCACUGCCACAGUGACAAUUCUAGACCAGGAAGCAGCAGGGAGUCUCAUAUUGCCAGCGCCACCCAUUGUUGUUACACUUGCCGACUAUGACCACGUAGAAGAGGUUACCAAGGAAGGAGUCAAGAAAUCCCCCUCCCCAGGCUACCCACUGGUUUGUGUCACCCCCUGUGACUCUCAUUUCCCCAAGUAUGCCAUCAUGAAGGAACGCUGCAGCGAGGCUGGCAUCAACCAAUCAUCUGUGCAGUUCAGCUGGGAAGUAGCCACCCCCACUGAUGGCAAUGGGGCUCGCUCUCCCUUUGAGACCAUCACUGACAACACACCAUUUACCAGUGUCAACCACAUGGUCCUGGAUAGCAUUUACUUCAGCCGGAGGUUCCAUGUGCGCUGUGUGGCAAAGGCUGUGGACAAGGUGGGCCAUGUGGGGACCCCCUUAAGGAGCAACAUUGUUACCAUUGGAACAGACAGUGCAAUCUGCCACACCCCAGUGGUAGCUGGGACAGCCAGAGGCUUCCAGGCUCAGUCCUUCAUCGCAACCUUGAAAUACUUGGACGUCAAGCACAAGGAACAUCCGAACAGAAUCCACAUUUCCGUGCAGAUCCCGCACCAGGAUGGAAUGCUGCCCCUUAUCUCCACCAUGCCGCUGCACAACUUGCAUUUUCUAUUAUCUGAGUCCAUCUACAGACACCAGCAUGUCUGCUCCAAUCUCGUCACCACCCGUGACCUGAGAGGCAUCUCAGAGGCAGGGUUCCUGGACGAUAAGGUCUAUGACAGCACAGCCCUGGGGCCUGGCUAUGACCGCCCCUUCCAAUUUGACCCCAGCGUCCGGGAGCCCAAGACCAUCCAGCUCUACAAACACCUGAACCUGAAGAGCUGCGUCUGGACCUUUGAUGCCUAUUAUGACAUGACUGAGUUAAUUGAUGUCUGUGGGGGGUCUGUAACUGCCGACUUCCAGGUGAGAGACUCUGCUCAGUCGUUCCUGACCGUGCACGUGCCUCUCUAUGUGUCCUACAUCUAUGUGACAGCCCCCAGGGGCUGGGCUUCUUUGGAGCACCACACUGAGAUGGAGUUUUCCUUCUUCUAUGACACUGUUCUCUGGAGAACAGGAAUCCAGACAGACAGCGUGCUCUCUGCAAGGCUUCAGAUAAUAAGAAUCUAUAUCCGAGAAGAUGGCCGUCUCGUCAUUGAAUUCAAGACCCAUGCCAAAUUCAGAGGACAGUUUGUGAUGGAGCAUCACACCCUCCCUGAUGUGAAAUCAUUCAUAAUGACUCCAGACCAUCUAGGAGGAAUUGAAUUUGACCUGCAGCUACUAUGGAGUGCUCAGACUUUUGAUUCUCCGUAUCAACUCUGGAGAGCCACAAGCUCUUAUAACAGGAAGGACUACUCGGGGGAGUAUACCAUCCACCUGAUUCCAUGCACCGUGCAGCCCACACAGCCAUGGAUUGAUCCAGGGGAGAAGCCUUUGGCCUGCACUGCACAUGCCCCAGAAAGAUUCCUGAUCCCCAUUGCAUUCCAGCAGACCAACCGCCCUGUACCAGUUGUGUACUCGCUCAAUACUGAAUUUCAGCUCUGCAAUAAUGAGAAGGUAUUCCUAAUGGAUCCCAAUACAUCUGAUAUGUCACUGGCAGAAAUGGAUUAUAAAGGGGCCUUCUCAAAAGGGCAAAUCCUUUAUGGCCGAGUACUUUGGAAUCCAGAACAAAACCUUAAUUCUGCUUACAAACUCCAGCUGGAAAAAGUCUAUCUUUGUACUGGCAAGGAUGGCUAUGUGCCUUUCUUCGAUCCCACGGGUACAAUCUACAAUGAGGGGCCGCAGUAUGGAUGCAUUCAGCCCAACAAACACCUAAAACACAGAUUUCUGCUGUUGGACCGCAAUCAGCCCGAGGUCACUGAUAAGUACUUCCAUGAUGUGCCCUUUGAGGCCCACUUUGCUUCCGAGUUGCCUGAUUUCCAUGUGGUCAGUAGCAUGCCGGGUGUGGAUGGAUUUACUCUGAAAGUGGAUGCACUCUAUAAGGUGGAAGCAGGACACCAGUGGUAUCUCCAGGUGAUCUACAUCAUUGGCCCUGACACCAUGGCAGGACCCCGGGUCCAGCGCUCUCUCACAGCCCCUCUGAGGCGCAACCGGAGGGACCUGGUGGACCCUAGUGGCCGUCUGACCCUUGACGAUUCCCUCAUCUAUGACAAUGAAGGGGACCAAGUCAAGAAUGGCACCAACAUGAAGUCCCUGAAUCUUGAGAUGCACGAGCCGGUUAUAGCUGCUUCUCUUUCCCAAACUGGGGCAUCUAUCGGCAGUGCCCUGGCCGCUAUCAUGCUUCUACUUCUGGUGUUUCUAGUGGCUUGUUUCAUCACCAGGAAAUGCCAGAAGCAGAGAAAGAAACUGCCCACAGAGGACAUUUUGGAGGAAUACCCUCUGAACACCAAAGUGGAUGUGUCUAAGAGGAGCUCGGACAGGGUGGAGAAGAACGUGAACAGACACUACUGCACCGUGAGGAAUGUCAACCUACUGAGUGAAACUGAGGGGGCUUAUGCACUCAAAGGUGCUAAAGUAAAAAAAUUGAAUCUGGAAGUCAGAGUUCACAACAAUUUGCAAGAUGGAACAGAAGUGUAAUGGGGGAGACCAAUGUGUAUUUUUUUUUCUAAAAUCAUUUUUAUAAAAUGGGGGAGGGGGAGGGGAAAUACUGGUAUUUUUAUAAUCUUGCAGAUUAAAAAGGGAAAACUAUAGCUUUGAGUGGCGGGAGGCAUACAUCACAUGCAUCAACUCACAACUGAGCUACCUCAUUAAACAAAGAACCAUGAGACCCCAGAGUUUUGGAGCAGCCUUCUUUUGGUGGAUCCCUUUAAUAGUGUCAGCAGCUACAGACUACACCUUCCGUAAGGCUGGUCUUAGAAAGCAAGUAUCUCCGUAUGGGGCAGGGUGUAGACUAUUCACCUAGCUGAUGGAAUUCAGCAGACUGGGAAAUGUAUGGUGGCAGAUCUCCAGAGGGGCAGGGAGCAGGAUGUUCAGGGCCAUUGGUUUCCUCCCCCACCUCCAGCUUUCUUCUACUUGGGCUUUUCCUGGGCCUGUGGACAGCAGUUUGGAUUGCUGACACUCAGAUUCCAUUCAAAAUUCUGCUAAUCAGCACAACCUAUAUAUUUGCUCAUUGCGUCUGCUUGACAGCUUGCACUCCAUGGCCUCUAACUGUCCUUUGCAAGUUCAGAGCCUUUUCAUCUGGGGGUUUCAAGGUUCUCUAGACGAGAGCUGUUUUCCACAACUUGCGGGGAGAAACCUCAGGACUUCCUCUCCCCCACCCUCCCCCCAACCUGUUAGAUAUCUGGCACAGCAGAACCCCCCAGAAGGGCAGACUGAAACCCUGGGGGAAGAGGGAGACUGACAAGCACCUGAAACAUAUUAGUGAUGGACUGUACCGAGGCCAAGGGGUGCAUCCCUGUGCCCACCUGGUUUACACUGCACCAAGGACAUGUGAAGACAUCCUGCCUGACAAAGAACGCUGCAAAACAAGAUAAAAAACAAGGGGUUCCUUUUGGUAGCUCAGGCAUUUAUUUUACCAUAUCAGCACAUGACAAAGCCAUAAACACAUGGCUUUAAAAUGAUUUAGUGUUCAAAUAGCAGCUUAAUGAUUUUGUAUGAAGUGUGCACAUGGCUUGCUUUUGUGUUUCUUGUUCGUUUUUGCCUUACUGGCAAAAACAUAAGCAUAAGCAUGUUGUUUUGAAAUGAAGGCACAGUUUCAUUACUGAGGAGGAAAAGACAUGUUCUCUUCCUGAUGCAUGGCACACCAUAAUCACUGAGCAAAUAAUAAGAGCAUUCAUGUUGUGUAAUAUUUGUAUUAGAAUGACCCAAGCCCUUUGAGGACAUUCCAAACUGCAAACGCUUUGGUUCUAAAAGGUUCUAAAAGAAAGACCGAGCCAUGAAAGGUUUUAAGCAUCUCUACCAGACUCAAGCUCUUGAGUAAAGGACCUUGUAACCUGUGCCUUUGGUUCUUCAGCAGUGCCUUGCACAAAACAAGCACUCCAGAAAUAUCUGUUGCUAAACAAAUGAAUGGUGUCAUGGGUGAAUGGUAGAGGAAUAAAUUCGGGAAGGGGAGGUGAGAGAUGAUGGUGGCAAUUUCACAAGGGAAGGUAAAGAAAAAAAAAAAACCCCGAAACUGUCUUUUCUGCUUGGAAAAGUAAAUCUUUGUGAUUGUAAAGUAAUCUCAUUGGGACAAAGAAGCACCACUUGACAUAGGCAUGAAUCUAGCAGUGGUCUUAAGGAGGAUUGAACAGAAAAAUCAUAAUAAUGUAUUAGCGGAAGAUGAAACUGAAUCAGCCUCCAGAGCAGAGCAGGCUUUUAGAGGAAAGUCUGACUUAGCUUUCUGAGGUGAGUGAAGUUUUCAGGAGAGGAUGGAUUGAGGUGAGCCCAGAGCCUAAACCUCCUGACUGGUCACGUGCUAGUUGAGACCAGCUUGGGCAGUUUGGGGCAGAACUUCUGUAUCAGCCUCGUGAACAUCCAGAGUUGGCGUCUCAUGGCUGGAGGGCUCAUCAGCCAGGGUGGAAUCAUCUCCAGAGCAACCUAGACAGUUAAUGCUAAUUCUGCAAGGACAGGAAGCCUAUCCUUUGUGGAACAACUUUUGACUUGGCCUGUUAUUUAUCGUUCCUAGUUGCCAGAAUGCUUACACAUGAAAGCAGCACCAUUUCAUUUGCUCAAAUAUUCUUCUUGCACAUCCCUUCCACUAUUGCUAAGUAGGACACACGCAUGGGAAGAAUGCAGACGUGUGGCAGUACGAAGCUAAGGUGGGAAAAAAUGGGGACUGAGACCUCCAAGUGCUCUGAGCCUCCAUGUUUGUGGUCUGGAGUGAUCAGGACAACAUCCUGUGAGGACCUUGGGAUGGUGAACUCCCUGUGUGAGAGGAAAGCCUUGGACCAUUCCUGCCUCCCUUCCUUCCGGCACUUUCCCCCACUACAGACCCUUUUUCCGAAUGCUGAUACUUCUCUAGUGGAUGCACACUUAUUAAAUAGAAAGUGUUAAGAGAUGUGAAGCUGGGAUUUCCUCCUUUGAUACAGCUUUUCCUUUUGUUUAUGUUUUAUAUUUCACAAUAGGAAUCAGAUAAUUUGGUGACUGAUGUGGGAUUAUAUUUCUGUCCAAGCCCUCUUUUCGAUUUCUCUUACUCGCUCACUAAUGUGUGUGUUUUACUAAUCCUUUAUACCACGCCUUUAGGUGAGAAGGAACAAAAAACCCUCAGGGGUGGCUCUUUGCUUUCUCAUGCUGGCUGUGAAGGCUGAAAGAAAGAAGAGUCGGCACCUUUUUUCUGUCCUUUUAUCGACCCCCGGAGGUCCUGGAGCCUCCUGCGGACUCCUAUUCUUGGGUGUGGAAGUGGUAUUGCAAUGUGUUUGCAUGGUCAUAUGAUAUUCAGUCUCAGUGUCAUGUAGCUGUUCAUUAUUCUUGGGUACGACACACAUGCUCAGACUGAGUGAAACAUUUGUGGUGCUGUCAACCUGAUUUCUUGACUCAAAUGAUUUUUGUAUUUCUAAUACCAACUUGUGUGUUAUGAAUUUCUGAUUUCUCCAGUAGCAUAUGCCACUAUAUAAAUUUGUAUUAAUAAAUGACAGUCUGGUUGCAUUGUU